AUGUCUACCUAUUCUACUAUUCAAGUCAAAUGUAUAUGCUCCGUCUGCUCUCCUUAUGGUCAAGCUUUUGAGAUGGUGUCCAAGCAGACAUACAGAAGACAUGCUUCUGCCGAUCUCAUUGAAAAGUUUAAAAGAGAUUAUCUUUUACCUUCUACACAAACACUACAUGAGCUAAAUGAUAAUGACAUGGAGAUUGAUGCCGAGAACAAUGAAGUCAAUGAGCAAAUUGAAUCUACAGAAGAUCUACCUGCUUUUACCAAAGAUUUGUUGUUCAAUGGCGAAAGUGACAGUGAUGAUGACAGCAUUGAGUCAGACGCUCAGAACGCUCUCAAUGCUUUGGAUGAUUUGGACGAUUCUGAAGAUAUUGAAGAAAACUUUUCUUCAUCUGAGAUGCCAACUGAUUCCACAAACGCCUUCAUUGCCUCUUUUGCUGCGUUCUUCAUAUCAAAGUAUGUUGUGAAUUUCGGUGGUGCCAUUCUUAUCAAGUUGCUCAACAAGGUUCUUGCGCAUUUUGGACAGUCCUUCCGUCUUCCCUUGAGCUCCAGUGGUCUCAGUAAUAUGACCGGACUGAAUACUAUGAUCAAAGGUGUUCAGCGUUCUGUCGCCUGCGGUGAAUGUCACCAGACAUACCUUGAGUCCGAAGGCGUUUCUCAGUGCUGCAACUUCUGA